AUCGAACACAAGGCAAUCGCCUUCUGAGAAGUCCCCUGCCCGCAGUGUUGCCCCUUGCGCGAAGUCUUUCAAGACGACGACGACAGCCCCGAAUUCAGGGCUCUAGCGUACACCGUUUUCCAUAUUGACAACGAAUAUCGAAUUAAUUACACGACAGUUGAGAGCAUCCUGCCCAGCGGCCGCGCAGUCGGUUUCCAUAGAGUGGCUCAAUGCCGGGCUAAACCGCCAUCGACGAGAAAUCCCUCCCGACGACGAAUUUCCAGCUGCUUACUCGUGUUUACGACGGCGUGUCACUUUGCACUACUAGUAGUUCUGCCGGCGUAACGCGCAUUCACACACGGGCAACCGACAAUGCGGUUGCUCAACCUUGCGCUACUGUUUGGCGCUGCCGCCCUCGCCGUUGCGCAGGAUGUCGAUGACGAUGAAGAGCCGCAGGAGCCGACAUACUUCAACGGCAAAAAGGUGCCUCCAUUGCUGGAGAUAACUCCGCACAACGCCGCCGAGGAGAUGAAAGCCUCUAAGUACCUGAUGGUCAAGCAUUACAGCCCUUCCUGCCCGUACUGCCAGGACUUUGCUCCCACGUUCCAGACGUUGUACGAAUUCUACUAUACCUCAUCCCCCGCCGGUAGUGCAAGCAAAGAUGCCGAUUUUACGACUUUCUACGACUUCCGAUUCGCAGCCAUCAACUGCCAGGCAUUUCAUGACCUGUGCUUCGAGCACAAUGUGCGGUCAUGGCCAACGACGAUUUUGUACGAGGACGGCGAGCCGAUCGUUACCUUCAAGGGCGUUAAGGACAUGGACGUGCUGAGCGGCGCAGUGGAGGAUGCGCUAGAGAAGGCCAAGCCAAAGACAAGGCCUGCAAGCAUCCAGCUGCCCCAGCCAGGCGACAAAGCAUCCCCUGAGGCCAAAGGAAAGAAAACCACUGAGGCUGACGCGACGGAUACGGAAACCGCGGCGGCAUCCGAUCCGUCCGUCGAUGCCUCAACCGCCAAGUCGAAGCCCACCGCAGUCCCGUACACUCCGCCCUCGGCAAAGACGGUCAAGCCUGCCGCCACCCCGAACCCCGACGGCAUGUCCGUCCCUUUGACGGCAGAUUUCUUCCAGGACAGGGUGAGCAUGACGCAGGACCCAUGGUUUGUCAAGUUCUACGCGCCCUGGUGCCAUCACUGCCAGGCUCUUGCGCCCGUCUGGGAGCAGUUGGCCAAAGAGAUGAUAGGCAAGCUCAAUAUCGGCGAAGUGAAUUGCGACGUCUCAUCUCGCCUCUGCAAGGAUGUUGGUCUCCGGGGCUACCCGACUCUUCUCUUCUUCAAGGGCAGCGAGCGUGUCGAAUACGAAGGCCUUCGCGGUCUCGGCGAUCUCAAGCAGUACGCCGAAAAGGCGGUUGAUCUCGUCAGCGGUGUCGAUGACGUCGACUUUGAGUCGUUUAAGGCGCUCGAGGAAAAGGAGGAGGUUAUUUUCGUCUACUUUUACGACCACGCCACCACCAGCGAGGACUUCAUGGCCCUUGAGCGGCUGCCCAUGAGCCUGAUCGGCCGCGCUAAGCUGGUCAAGACACGGGACCCCAAGAUGUACGAGCGGUUCAAAAUCUCCACUUGGCCGCGGCUGCUCGUCUCUCGUGAGGGGCGUCCGACAUACUACACGCCGCUCUCGCCGAGAGAGAUGCGGGAUACGAAUAUGGUACUCGGCUGGAUGAGGUCUGUGUGGCUGCCUCUCGUUCCAGAGCUCACCUCGGCAAACGCGCGCGAGGUCAUGGACCGCAAAAUUGUUGUGCUCGGCAUCCUCAAUAGGCAGGACGAGGAGUCCUUCCACGGCGCGAUCCGCGAGAUGAAGAGCGCAGCAAACGAGUGGAUGGACAAGCAGAUCCAGCUCUUCCAGCUCGAGCGGCAGGAGCUGCGCGACGCCAAGCAGCUGCGGAUUGAGGAGGCCGAGGACCGGGGCGACCAGCGAGCGCUCCGCAAUGCCAAGAACAUCAGGAUCAACAUGGACCGGUCCGAUCGCAAGGAGGUCACGUUUGCGUGGGUCGACGGCGCCUUUUGGCAGCGCUGGAUCCGCACCCACUACGGCAUUGACGUCAAGGACGGCGAGCGAGUCAUCAUCAAUGACGAAGAUAACCGGCAAUAUUGGGACCAGACCAGUACCGGCAACCCCAUCGUCCCCUCGCGGACCUCGAUCCUCGAGACCCUCAACAAGGUCACCGCCAACCCGCCCAAGAUCAAGCCGAAGUUCACUAUCUCGGCGUUUGAGAAGUUCUUCUUUGAUAUCAAGGUCACCUUCCGGGAGCACCCGUACCUCAGCUCGGGUUGCGUGCUUGGCAUCGCCUUUGGCUGCGCCUCGUGGUUCCGUGGCAGGAUAAGGCGGCCACGUGGCUACUUCAGGCUCGACGACGCGACCAAGGCGUUCAAGGGCCCGCUUCUGGGGUCGACUGCUAACGGCAGCAAGGCGGACUGAGCGGGGAGGUUGGAAGGCUGGGCCUCUGUGGCUUGUAUCUUGUUUGAUUUCGGCGGAAUAGCCUGGGUUUGUAAGGCGCUCGACUGACGAGCCGGUGCACUGAUUUUCCCCUGAGGGUUUGUCGGAUAGAGGGCCCAUCUGCGAUGUUGCAUACUAAUACCUUUUGGGUGGCUCGUGUAGUAGUGUUUCUUAGUGGAUUCCCUUGAGGCUUCUUUGCCGGUUCGCAUUGUACAUAUGGAGUUUGGUUAUUUGGGUUUAGUGGUUACAGAUCUGGUCCAUGUUUCGUGUUGUGACAGCUCGCCUUUGCCCGGCAGUUUGUGCCUCCGUAUUGAGCUCCUCCGUUGCCGGCACAGUUGAGAACCGUACAGCUAGGCUUGUGAUACCCAGCUGAUGGACUUGGCCCAUUAGCCGUUGAUGCAGACGCUACACCAUUUCAUGAUGUCUGAAUGUACGUGAAUGGGAAGGUGCCUAUUGU